AUGACACGAGAAGGGGUGGAAACAGGAUCUUCCCGGGAGGGGAACACCGUUACGGAUGAAGACGAUGAUGAAGGCGUGGGGAAGCGCCGAUUCGUGAAGAUGAGAAAAGAGAGGAUGGAGUAUUGGAGGAUGGGAGGAUGGAUCCCGGAAGGAAUUCAGUCGGGAUGCCGGCCCUUUAACUUCCACCCUCGCGCCGUCCCACGCCAGUCGGCUGGGGGAUGCCAGCUGGAAGCAUGCGACGUGAGCCACCGUGACCCACCGCGAGCCAGCGCCUCGUGGACCCCGAAGAUGAUGAAAUGGACCCUGACCAAGAAGACCCAUCCGGAGGUCACGCUCGAGUGA